AUGAAGAUGUUUACACACUUUUUCUCUGCACCAAGCUCAAAGGAGAAACCACACCAUCAUGGUGAUAAGACAGUUGCAAGUGAGGCAAGCGGAAGGACUCACAGCAGCCACAGCAGCAAGAAGUCCCACGGUAGUGGCGGGCACAAGGCAUCGUCAAAGUCACUGAAGCAGGUGAAGGAGCAUGAGCUUCCAGAGGAAAUCUGGCAUGCAAAGCCCGUCAAGGUUAAGAUAGUGGAGGACUGGAUCAAGAAUUCCAACAGGCACAGGAGUGACAAGCUCCUAGAAGCCUUUGCUUCUGGAAGAAGCAAGGUGCACCUUGAGGACGGGUUUUCAACUCAUGCCGAAACCUUCUGUGAUGGCAUGCAAAACAUCUACGAGGCAUUCCCUGAUUUUGCAUUUCACUAUGAUUCCAUUGAGCAGGAAAACAGCACUACAGUUGCCGUUGAGGGACUCGUUGCCUCUGGAACUCACACUGGGGCGCCCUACACCAUCGACGCCAAACACUUCCCUGCCAUUCCGGCAACAGGCAGGCACGUUAUCAACGAUGAGGAGAGGUUUGUAUUCGUCUUCACAGAUGACAACAAGAUCAAGAGCUUUGCGGUCAUUGGCUUUGGGAAUGUCACGGGUCCACCUGGAUUAUAUGAACAGAUUGGUGGCAACGUCUAA